GUCAUGCUGUCACUAAACAUUUAUGGACUCACUUUCUCACACUUUCAAUUUUAAACUGAAAAGAAUCUUAUACCUGGCCUGGAGAGAUACCAGUGGCAUUUAUGUAAAUAUGCCGCAGUUACAAGUCAAAAACACGAAUAAAACAAUAAAACCAUGGCUAAAGCUGCAUUUUACAUAUCAAAAUCUGUAAAUCUUUUAGGUUAAAGUGUCUAAAAUGGGUCUCAAAUGUUAAAAUGUUCGUGUUUUGUAGUAUUCUGUUCAGCUUCGUUUGUUUUGCUCUCAGUAAAACAGUUUUACUCGCAUUAUUUUUUUCGUUAUAUGGAAACGUUCAUUUCCUUUUGACGGACUGUCACGUCACGUGAUUAGUCGGGAGCGCGCCUCUGAGCGCGCGCCCUGCAGAGCGUCUUUUUGGUUCCCAUGGAAACCACGAACAGCAACGGGACACGGAGGGAGAGAGGUCCGACUGAGACUCCUCUGUUAAACAUCAGGAUCCCACCUUUCACCUUGUCCCGGACGUUUGAGUUCAGAGUUAUCGGCGUUGAUCCGCUGGAUGAGCCGGGCAUUUCCCCCUGAGAGAAAUGGAGAAUAGCUCCCACACACUGCCACCCUUCUCCUCCUCAUGUCUUACAACACUCCAAGGCUCCCUUCCCUUCUCCUCCUCAAAUAUUUCACUCCCACUUUCGCCCAUCUCCUUCCCACCGUCUCCUACCUCCCUUUCUCCAACAACAGCAGAGUCUCCUCACUCGUCCUCUCCUUUUUCACAACGCAGCACGUCUCAGUGCCUGGACAGACAGAGCGUGCAAUGUUGUGAACAGGACAUAUCUGACCAGGAUGACCUGACCUGUCUCAGCUGGCUUCAUCAGAGAGGUGACCUCCUUCCUCUGCAGCCUCUUGCCAAAAUGACGCUGCUGCCUCAGCUGGGGUCCUGCACACCUGCACAGCCUCUUCCUGCUCCUACGUCCUCCAAGCCACCGUACUCCUUCAGCAGUUUAAUCUUCAUGGCAAUAGAAGAUUCUCCACACAAAAGGCUUCCAGUGAAGGGCAUCUAUGAAUGGAUUGCCAACAAAUUUCCCUACUACAGAUCAGCAACUGGUGGCUGGAGGAACUCUGUUAGACACAACCUGUCCUUGAGCAAGAGCUUCCGUCGGAUUGAGAAGGUCAAGAGCCAGUCAGGUGGGAAGGGGUCUCUGUGGUGCGUGUGUCCAGAGUAUCGUCCGGCACUCCUGGAGGUGCUGAGGAAGACCCACAGCUAUCACAGCACCAACAGCAGUCUGCUAAACAAACCUGUUCUGUUAGAGGGAACUGACUAUGAUGUGCCAGUAGUGAGUGAAACGAUGGAAAUCUCAGAUUCUCUUCCUCACACUCUGCUGCUUUCCUCAUCCGCUCCCCAAAUCCUCACAACUGAUUAUCCGUCUUUCUCUGACAACACCCCUUGCCUUUUGACCCCGGAUCACGAGGAACUGGUCACCAUGGAAUCGACUGAUUACCAGCAGAACACAGUCAGUGAAGACAUGGAGAAAGACCCUCUGUCUGACAGCGGCUACAUUGAGUUACACUAUUACCAGUCGGACCAGUACCAGUACCUGGUGCUGCCAGAUGACACCGAACUGGACCUGGAGACUGUGGAAAUCCUGCAGCUUGAUGUGGAGGCUCAAGAAGCUGCUGGGUCACUGCUGGACCUGGCAGGUGGAGGAUAUUAGCUCAUAAGCUUGUAGACCUAAAUAGAGAAUUUUUGGUGGUUCUCCCUGAAAUAUGGACACUGCCCAUUUAAAUUAUGUAUUAAUGUGCUGUUACAGUAUAUAUAUAUCUAUAGAGGGGCUAACAUUAAACCAACAAUCACAUUACCCCAUUUGUAUUAACGUGCUUAGCUGAACUAACCCAUGUAUUAUACAAAACAAUACCAGAUCAACUGUAUUUAAAACUGAGGGGGAAGUAUUAAUGUUGCAAAGGUGUCUAACAGAAUAAACUCAUUCUGAGGAGUAGAGGAGGGUUUCCAGCUUAAGCUGUUUCUUAUCUAAAUCAAGAUAAAAAUUUACAUAUCACUUAAAACCAGCAAAAGAAAAGUUUUCAAAACAAAUUGUGAUCCACCAUCUUGCCUCCAAUGAAGGUGAAAUGUGUUUUCAGCCUUCUACUUUUAUUAUAUGAAACUGUAUCUGUGACCUGUUUUAUUUAUAAUAUAGUUAGUUGUGUAGACAUAGUCAUAUGGUCUUCUGUUUAAACGUCUUGAAUCAGGAAGUGUUUGAUCCUGUGUUUUAUGAACCCACUGCCAUUGAAAUAUUCUUACAUUCUGGUGUAUUAUGUUGUUUUAGUAAAUUGCAUGUUUGUCCACCAAAGCUUUAGAUUUUGUAAUUUAGAAAAUAAAAACUAUGAUUUUGUUCUUUUUCAUUAAAUCUGUUUUGCUCUGA